CGAAACUACACAAACUCCCGGCGGCCCCGGUCGCACCAACAUGGCGGCGCAGGGCGCCACCGCCAGCCCCGCGUCCGACGCGUCUCCUGCAUCGGUGUCGCCGCCGGAACUGCCUCCGACCCCCUCCUCGACCUCGGGCACAGUUUCGAAGUCGCCCCUGGAGUCGAAGACGAACACGCCGAGCCCGCCGCUGCGCUGCGCCGGGCCCGAGCACUCGCUGCCCGCCGCCGUGUUUUACGGGCCGUUGGAUGCGAGGAACCCGCUCCUGGCCUCUUGCGACAAGGACGUCCGCGAGCUGCUGGGCUUUGUGAAGAGGAGGGCGGAGGCCACCACGGAGGCGCAGAGGCGUGAGCAUCGCCGGCGCUGCGCCACCACUUUGUUCAAUAUCUGGACCAAAUACGCCCCCCGGCUGCCAGCGGACUAUUACAAUGAAAAGCUCCUGCAGGUUGGAGAUAGCCUUUGUCACAUGAAAGAAUACAAACUGGCCCUUUUGCAGUGCUAUGGAAGAUACCUGCAGCAGUUUGGUACCCAUUUUGAUGAGAAUAAAGCAGAUGUGAAUCAAUUCAAAAGCAUCUUUUUCCCAAAAGGCUGUGGAGAUAAAACUGCUAGACUUACAUUUCAUGCUUUGUAUGGCAAAAAUAUUUGCACCUACCAGCUGGUGUGCGACAGUGACGUAAACCUGCAGAAUACAGACUCUGUGAGCCAGUGUCUGCAAGUCUUGUCCUCCUUAAGGCUCAUCAUGCAGGCGGCUCUGCCGCAGGAGCAUCUUUGCUGGAUUGUCUUCAACGGUACCGUUUAUAUUUACACCAUUUGCAGAAAACUGAUGGUCAUAGGUUAUUCUUCGAAGGCCUUGGAAUACCUGCUGUGGGCCAGCGUGUGCAUGGAGUCCUCCGUCCCGCUCCUGGCCGUCAGGUACCUGACCUGGAGGGCCACCCUCUACACUGCUGUGUGCCAGUGCUACUACGACUCCCAAGACAGUCUCCACGGGGAGGCGUUUGCUCGGCGUGCUUUAGCUAAAAUUGAUGAGUUGAGGCAACUGGAGUUAAUGAGUUCUUCACAGUCCCAGGAAGAAUCCAGAAGACAUUAUAGAGAGGCCACGAUAAAGAUGGCAGUGAUGAUCUUCAAGAGAGGAGUAUUUGAAUCUAGAAGAAAAAGCAAAGCUUAUUUUAGACCAAAGAUAAGAGUUAACCUCAAGGAAGCACAGAGCUUGCCGUGGCCACGGACCAGCACCGAAAAGCUGUUGGAUGAGAUGUUUGACAGCACCGCGUCCAGAUUUCUGGCGGUCGUGGAGGCCCUUUCCGACUCGAGUCGGCGAACGCUGCAAACAGGGCCUCUCGCUACUGAUGAGGUGGAGCUGCGCGACGUUGUCUCAGAGCUGUUCAUGUCAGGAAAAGAACUUUUAAUAAUGUCAAAUACCGGUGCACACGGGAUGCUUGAUUUUCCAAAAAUAUCUCUUCUGGAGCUUAUGAUAGAAAGAAAAAACAUUAUUUCUAUGGACAUUGCUGUGAAAUUUAUAAAACUGGCCUUUACUUAUGAAGAAUGGGGUUUAUUUGAAUCUGCAGCCGGGCAGCUUUCGUCUUUCUUCCAGAGGCAGGACGACCCAGAGGCAAAGAAGGCAGAGAAGGAUUUAACGCUUCUGCUGGCAAUAGAACCCCUGAUCAAUAUAAAGAGAAACAAAGGCUCGGUCUUUCCUUUCGAAAACUAUAAAGAAGGACAGGCGAUUCAACUUUAUUUAGAAAAUAUAGCUUUUGAUGACACUGGGACGCUCUGCGGAUGUUCAGAAGACAUCUUUCAUUUGGCAGCCGUCCUGCACUUCUGCGUCUGCGCCUCUCCCCAGAAUGUUCAGCCUGACAAAGAAAUCAUUGUGGACAUGAUAAUGUUCUUAUGGCAGAAAUGCAAACUAGGAAUUCAUCGGAUCAGCUUGUCCAGAAAUGACUAUUCAAAAGUCACCCAGAAGAUCAGUAAUAACAAAUGGGUGCAUCUUCUGUGGCAGAUAAAUGAAGUGAUCCAGUGCUGUCAAGUGGAAGACGUUGACUUUGUGGUGGUGGCGGAGGUCACGUUAAGAUUAACUGAAAUAUUAGAGUUCUUAGGAGGCCCAAGAAGAAAAUUUAAAAAGUCUCUAGACACAUCCUUAAGAAAACGGUUUGAGGAAUUCCCCGGCUCUCCAAAAGGGAUCCUGGAAGUUCUCCCAAUACUAAAGAAAGCACCUGUGGAACAGUUGUUUUUUGCUUAUAAACUACUUGACCAGGCAAUUGAUAGAAUGAAUUUGAGCUGCGUGUUAACUACUUUGCCAAAUGGAUCCUCAGUGAUUGACCAUUGCUAUGUGAAGCCUAAGUGUUCCCAUGAUAUAGAUGGAGACACUUACAAACCAAUCUCAGAAAACAGUUUCAUGAUGGACUUACACCUUGAACUAAUUCAAGCUCAGCAUCGAAUAGCCGUUCUACUUCUUGACCAAUUGCAAGUUUUGCAGGCUUCUUCUGUUAGCAAAAAUAUUUCUACCAAAAGUUCUGAGAAGUUAAAACAAUCUGGAAACACUGACUGUUUCACAGAAUUGAGUGUAAUGAAUAAAAUAAAGAAAAAUAAACUGUCCAAAGCAAUUUACCUAAUGCAGAAAGCUCUUUUAAUGUUUGAGAACGAUCCAGCCUCUCCCUGUUCGUGGAACGUCCUGAUGGAAGCAUAUUCUUUAAUUGAGAAGAUUGAAGCAGAACAAAAUGCAUUGUUUUCACAUCAGAAAUAUUUGCAAAGUUCAAAGAUAAAGAAGAGCAGAAUCCCUCCUCCACCCAUCCUCCUCGCCAGAACCCACUGUUCGGUGACCCUCAAACCUACUCCAUUUAUUUCAGAUGCUAAGGUGUCCUGGUAUUGCAUUUUGGGUUGUAAAGCAGAAGGAAGUUACGGAAAAGUGAGGCUAAAUAAUAAUCAUCUCCCGAAUUCAGGAGACGCGAUACCAGCUGAUGGUAAAAGCAUUUUUGAAGUGAAAGGUUUAGAAGCUAAUGAAAAAUACAUAUUUGCCAUUGCUGCUUAUUGUUCUAAUGGGAAGCUCGUUGGUGAUGCAGUUGGGGAAACAACGAAACCGAUCCUGGUGUAUCCAUCUCUUUCUGCUGUCACUGCUCGAAUGUACCUGAUACAGGUUGCUUAUCAGAUUGGCCACUAUGAGUUGGCUAAGAAAGUUUUCUCACCAGUUUGGGAUUAUUUCGUUGCUUCUCCAUCUCAGGAUGAGCAGUCCUGCGUUUGUUUAAGCAACACAAUGAUGAUUACACAAAGAAGGUUACAUUCAGAUAUUUUGGCAGAGACUUCUUCUAUCCUCUUAUACCUUUUUCUUAGAAAUAUCUUUGUAACGAGUGACAUUAAAAUUAAAGAAGAAAAUCUUUUCUGUGAUAAUAUUAAAGGCAAUGAGAUUUUCCCUGCUCAACAAAUUGCUAGACUGAUGGAAUGUGAGAGGGUGUUAGUGGCACUGGAACUUAGCAAUUUCCUAAAUGAUUCUAGUUAUGCCCUUCAAGCUGUGACUCAAUGCUAUGGCCUUCUUGCUCCUAUAAUAUAUCAUAAUAUUGCUUUGGUACCUGUUGUACAGAUCUUGAUAAAAUGUGUAGUGGUUUUGCAAGGACUGCCAAAUAUUGUCUACUUGAAGAAAAAUAUUUCAAGUUUUGAAAGUGUACAGCACAUGAUAGCUUGUUGUAUCUUCUAUUUAACAAAGAUUCUACGUUCAUGGAAGGAAUAUGACCUAGCAGUAAUGAUUAUAAAUUAUGGAAAAAAAAUGUUGGACAUCACGCCAGCAUGCAAAUCUGUAUUUGGCAAAAGUGAACAAGAAGACAUACAAGAGGAGUACUCUUCUUCUAAGAAACCUUCAAAAAAUAAGAAGCCACAGCAGACACUGUCGCCAGAAAAAAUAAAUGAGCAGCUGGCCUUGUUGGAGACACAUCUACUCAAGAUGACAAAACAAUAUACUGUAUGUGAACUUACCGGAACAGAAGACCCUAUAUUUCUUUACUCUGUGGUUUUGAACUGGUCAGUGAAAGGUGCUGUGAAAGAAGUGAUGAAGUUUAAGCAAAGACCCAGGUUCCUGGAAUUCUUUACACACAUUAUGCUUAAAUGUAUAAAUGACGAGAAAUUUCACCUUGUGUUGGAGAUAACAGCACCUGUCCAGGACUUCAUGAAAAGGAGGAAGGAGUCCCUACUUGGAGUUAAAAAAAUGAAAAUUAAGAAUGGGGUCCUUAGUGCAAAGACCUGCACACCUUUGAAGUUCAGAGUUGCAGCAGUAGACUUUGCAACAAGUACAGAAGUGGUAUCAAGGAGAAGAAAUAAAAGAAAGGACACUCUAAAAGAUUUUUAUGCCAGAAACCCAUCCAUUCUUGAAUUGACAGAAUCUGAAAGACAUAAGAGACCCGAUGUUAGAAGACUCGCGUAUCAAUGCCUGACGGAGCGCUUGAAUCCUCUAAUACUAAAUUAUGUUAGAAAAAGCAGGUUUCACCAAAUCUUUCUUGAGGAGCUGCCCUGGAGAGCUCAGAUGAACUUGUAUCUGGCACUUACACACUUUCACCUGUUUUUGCAAAGGCUAGGGGAGCGAAUGAAGAUGAAGUGCGGCACUUCACAUGUGAUGGUCAGUUUCCGAUCAUGUGAUCCUAGUUUAUUCUCACUCUAUAAUUCAGGAACAGUAUUACCAACAGGAAAAAUGACUGUAGAAAAUUAUAAAUCAAUGCUUGAUUUCCUCCUUACAGCUAAGAAAAGAAAAGCCAACUUACCAUCAGAAGCUUCAGAAUUUUCUAUGUUUGCUAAAUCCAAAAGUAGUGAAGAAAGUACGUCCAAGUCACAAAAAUCUCAUGACUGUGACUCUCUAAAGGACCGAGCACCAAAUUUGGGACUGGAUCAUUUUAUGAAAAUCUUUUUAUACUGCAGGAGAGCAAUGGUUCUUGCACAUCGAGGGGGCUAUUGGACUCUGCUUCAGAACUGCUGUCGGGCCCUCUGGAACUUUACUCAGGAGCUGCAGAUACUUCUUAAUCAGACAGUGGAUUUGUAUAAGACAUUUCCUGUGAACCAGGAUGGCUUCCUCUGUACUUCUGUCUUACCAUUCUAUAUGGGAGCAGAAUUACUUAUUGACAUGUUAGUACAACUGCAAAAUACCGAUUCUAUUCGGUCUGUUGACGAUAAAGGAGAAUUCAGCGUUCCAAGCUGUUACGGGAAUAUCAAAUAUGAUAACGGCGGUUCUAGCCUUACUUUUGAGGAUCCUUUGGAUGAUGUUAACGUGGUUGAUUUGAAAUGGAUCCAUGACUUUGUGCUGAAAUCACUGGAAGUUUUAUAUCAAGUGGAAAAAUGGGAAACUCUAGUGUCACUUGCUAUUCAGUUCAAUACGAUUUCACAUGAGAGAUACACAGAACAGGUGACACCACUCCUGGUGUUUGCCCAGCGUCAGCUGCUUCUGAGAAUACAGAAGUUCAAGGGCCCAGAUGUCACCCAACAACCUUGUGCAAGGUAUGAGGCUGACUAUGGAGAGAAGAUCACCUGCCGAAAUUUCAUGGGGAAGCAGCUGAAGAUUGAUUCUCUGCCCAAUGUAGUAAUGGAGGCAGGAGGCACUACAGAUUUGCUAAAAAUGCUCAUCCAUUCAGAAUACAACCGAGCCAAGCAGCUUGUCUGUGUGCCCGUGGAUGUGACAGAUACUUUGAGAUGCUUCAGAGAGACCCUGGAAAAAUCCAAAUACCAUAACAGAUCAUUCCGACAUAGCAAAAAGUUGCUUUUGUUGUUGCUUGCACAGACACAAGGAGAGAAAGGAGUGAACACUGCAAAAUUCUCUUCUGGGAAGGUGGAAUUUUGUCUGGGGAUAGAAGAAAUGCACAUGUCAACACCCCCUGACCUUUCUCAGGAGCAUUUCAGAGUUUUUAGUUCGGUGGAGAAAAGCAAACUUCCCCAUUCGCAGCUCGGAUUGGUAAUUUCUUCUUAUCACCAAACUAUCGAUGUUCUCCAAGCCAGCAAUCAAAGAAGUCUUAAAGUUCAGGCCUUGCACGCGCUUGGAAAUCUUCUCGUCUUUGCAGGAAAGAAAAGGGCUGCUUUGAAGUGCUGGUGUCAAGCUCUUGAUGACAUAUUCAGAAAACCAGAUGUGCUACAUACCUGGAAAGAAUUGGGCGCCUCCCUCCCCAGUGCCACCAACAAUUCUUCAUGUUCGGACUUCAAAGACUACAGUGAGGAAUUUCUGUCAAAAGUUGGUAUUUGGGGCUGUUUGCAAGGUGCGGUCAUAUCAGCGAAGAUCGCACAGUUUAUUAAAACAGUGAGCGUUCAAAAGAGAAUCAACUGUUGCAUUUUGUCUGCGUUGCUUUUCCAGGGUUUACUUCGAACUACGCUUCCACACCCCAAAUCUCAGCAUUGCUAUGCUCAGUGCGAAGUCACACAGCUCCUCCCAGGCAUUGAGCUUUUCUCCGAUAGCCACAGGGCAGACAUCUGCUCUGUAGUUGCCAGCCUAUAUUACAUUAUCCGCGAGCUGCACUUUGUUAAGCACAAUCUAAUAGUUCUGCCUCUCCUUGCAUUGUAUCAAUAUUUUGUUUCUGGAAUUUGCCAAGAUCUAGUCAGAAACCUAGAAGCAAGACUCCUAAAGAUAGAAGUUCUGAUCGAUUUAAGCUUUUUUUCCGAAGCCUAUUCUGAGCUAUCCCAGAUUUUCUGUGGAAGAAAUAUGCCUUUGUCAAUACCUUCCUGCUGUAAAGUUCCUCAAAAACCUAAGACAUCUCUGUCAUUUGACUCUGGAAAACCUCUCACCAGUAGAGAAAAUAUGCAGGCACUUGAAGAAUUAAUAACGAAAACCUUGCCUUUAACUCUGGUCACUGUUGGCCGACAACAUCUCUUAAAUAAAUUUUGUUUUGUUAAGGCGUAUUUCCUCAUUAGUCUGGCUGCAACAAUAAAUUGUGUCCCAGAUAAUUCGUUGAAAACAGUCUACUCAGGACUUGCUACUGACAAGAGCAAACUGAAUUUCCCAAGCUUGAUAGAGCUGCUUUUAAAGGAUGAUAGAAGCUCAUUUUCUCAGCUUCCAAAAGUUAAAGAUGAGUCUACUCUUUGCAUGAUAAAGUCGGUUUUACUGAUGGAAGCAGAAGACAAGCUGAACUCCCUUCUGUCCGAGGUGGAGAGUGCAGGCCACAAGAACCUCUCUCAGUGCUCUGCUGGCGAGCUGGAGGUUGUGGUGGAGGCCAGGCUUCAGCUGGCAGUCAUUGCCCUGCAGCAGCACCGCGCAGCAUACAGUGCUGCAAUAGUAUAUUCCACACUUAAACUUCUCCAAGAUUCAAAACUUUUUAAGAAGAAGGUAGUAGAGGAUGAUGUGGAGAAUUCCGUCUCUUCAGGAACUUCUGUCACAGAAAAUAAACAUGCUAAUGUGUUUUUGGACCCCAUUUCCUUGAAUGCCCGAGAAUAUUUCAAUAUCCACCUGUGGCUGCGGUGCCGCUUAGCACUUGUGACUGCGUUUGUCGCACAGAUUCGUGGCAUCGGAAUUGUGAAAGAGAACGAUAUGACAGAUUGUUUGAGCCUCAUCAAGGAGGUGUGUACGGAGGCAACAAGCGCGGAGGACACAGAGAUGCAGGCGGAAUUUUUGAUGCAGGCUGUAAUCGUUGGCCUGCAAGAAAAGCAUCUAAAGGCAGACAUCAUAACCAACCUUCAGAAUAUAAUACAUUUGCUUGGAGGAAAUGAGUUUAUUUCUCCUCGAUCUUGGUUAACCCUGGCAAGAAGCCUUGUCCUACUGGAUGACCUAACAAAAGCCGAGAAAUUCAAGCAGCAAUCUCCCUCUUCAAAAACAGAAAUAUUAAAAUUCUUGACCCAGGCCCACAACAUCCUUAUUGAACAGAUGCUAAGUUUUGGAGAAACAGUUGAAUUUCCCUUAUUAAAUACUGAAUAUGCAAACCCAGUACAGCCUUUAAAAAAUAUCUGGCUUCCUCAUGUCAUGCUGUUGGCCAAAAUAAAAAUGAGAAUUGGACAUACCCUGGCCAAGAAAGCAUAUUGUAGCAAUAAAAGGAAGGAUUCCUCCAAGUGGGUACCAGCUCUUCAUCUUUUUGAGACGGCCUGGAAACUCUGCAAGAUAGCGGCUGUAGAGGAAUGCGAGGUGGAAGCUGAAAUCCUUUUUCAGAGAGGCAAAAUAGAACGUCAAAUACUGAUGGAAGAGAAAUUUCCAAGUGUGAAGUUUGAGAGUUUAUGUGAAGCUAUACAACUAAGUUUGAAAAAUGACCAAAACUCAGGGUUGAUAAGAGAUUCCUACCUGGAAAUGGCCCUAUUGUGUUUUCACGUGAUGAUGCCAAAGAGGAAGAUUUCACAAACACCAUCGACAGUCAAGCCUCCUGCCAGAAGGACUAGUUCUAGUAGAGAACCAGUAAUGCAUAGAUUUGAAAUGUGCAAUUCAUUGGCCUGGAUUGCAAUAAGAGCUGCUGCUCAGGUCAGUGAAGCUGUACUGGCAGUGAACCUUCUCAUUGGCAACAAGAAUGCUAGAACUGACACAGUUAAUCAGAUGGUCUUACCGAGUCUCCCAGAAUUUGCCACCGUGGAUCUCUUGUCCUCAUACACAGAUUACUUGCUUGACAACUACCAAGUUAGCUUCCAGACUUGCUACACGUUUUUGUACCAAAAUGAUGACAUGUAUGACAGCACAGAUGCUACACAAAUCACUCAGACCAGAGUGGAUAUCACCUGGGUUCUCCUACUGCGCUACUAUAUACACCUGCAAAGAAUUAAUAACAUGAGCAAGCUGCUAGCAUCUGCAACACCAGGAUCUGGAAUCUCUUUGCCAGAUGACACUCUUCUCACAUCCCUUUACAACACUGAACUGAUUUUACGCCAAAAAGAAAUGCAUGUUUUUCUUAAAAAGUUCUUACAUCUAUAUUCCUCUUCUUGUAUUGAUGAAUUUCCAAAAGAACUUCUACAAGGAAUGGAAAAUCUGGCUGAUUUGGAAAAAGACUUAAAUGAAUUGUUACCCAAGUUAAAUCGUGACAGUUCUGUACAGUCUGUUUUAUCUCUGAGGACCUUUGCCAACCCAUCUUAUGUGGACAGGAUGUCAACAGAAAUGGCAACACAAGCUUUAGAAAAAGAACUUUGCUUUCAGUGGUACAUCCCUCCCCUGGACCGACCUCCAGAGGAAACAGAACCUAUGGUUUUAUUAUUGUAUGCAUAUAAUAUGAAGUCCGUGAAGAUGAUAGAUAUUAGAAAUUCCACUUCUAAUAGCAUAUCUGUUGGCUCUUUGUGGCUUCCACUGAAAAGAGUUAUUUCAAUUCACGAGAAACUAUCGAAUCUUGCACAAAUAGCUGAGCUAUCAUUGCCAUCAGUUCCUGAAACUACUGCAUAUGAAGACGUACAUGAAAGAAAAGAAACGGAGGCGAAGCCAAUUGACACAGAUAUGGGACACAUAAUUAUUGGAUGUUGCUCUGAAAUCAAAGCCCUCUUUGUGCGUGACAGAGUGCCAACGCCGCUGACUGAGGUCCCAUUUGAUAUCUCGCUGCCUGCUAUAUUUAGUCUUGAGAGACUUUUUGAUCUUGCUAAUGGUUGUACCGUAUCAGGAGGAAGCCUUUUCAACUGGAUGGUGUCGAUUAUUCCUUGAACAUCCUUUUCAUGGCAUGAAUAUAAGUGAGAAAUCAAUCGAAAUGUGACAUUCGAACGAGGAAGUCUUCAGCAAUGCCUAUCAGCCUUUGGAAAUGUGGUGAGAAGAAAUGGUUAAGAUUCAAUAUUUUGUUGCUUGGCGGGUCCCUAUUCAGCCUGGGAUCCUGCCCUAUGUGAUCACUUAUGAUGUAUCCAAGUUCUCUGGAAACUGCUUUGAGUUUUUCUCAUGCCCCAUUGGCCUGCUGUAGCUGUAAAGGCAUUUCAGCUCCUAGUCGGGCAGUUAACUGUCCUCCGUGUUGCUCACAGACCCAUGCCUCUCUUUGGCUUCCUCUUAGUUUGUCCUAAUGAUGUAUUUUCUUGUUUGCUUGGGCUUCCUCAUCCGCGCCUGUGUUUUCAAAAGAAUAAAUUUUCAAAUAAAUUCAAGCUAUAUUCUGCUAAAAA